UUCUGUGGACAGUCAAUCAAGUCCUUUGCCACUUAAAACAAGACUUGUGUUAUCCCAGGAGCUCUAGAGACAUAUUGGGGGAUCAUUUUGAUUUUGCAAUUGAAACUUCAGGGGAAGACUGAUCUCUGUAAUUUAUGGACAAAAAUUGACCCGCAGAAGGUGACGGAAUUUCAUUACAAUCUCAACUGGACACUAGCAUUUGGGCUGUGGAGAAAAAUGAAAAUGCAUUUUCUGGCUUUACUAAUACUCAUUUGCUCUUUCUCCACUGUGGAUGCCUCAGGAUGUUUUAAACUUGCAUUGAUCAGUUUAGGAGCAGCUUCUGCUAUUUCUGCUGCUCAGAGUUUUAUUGCUGCUCUUGGGUUCACAGCCUCUGGAAUAACAGUAGGUUCUUGGGCAGCAAAAUUGGAAUCAAUCGUCUCAAGUCUCAAUGGAGGAACAGUACCAUCUGGAAGUUUUGUGAUCACACUUCAGUCCAUUGGUACUGCAGGAUUUGCUUUCUCUACCAUGGUCUUGUUGGGAGUCGUGGGUGCCCUCAUUUCCAUCAUCAUUGGUAUUAAACUUGGUAUUUUCUGAAAUGGUGCAAGUUGUUAAUACUGUUUGCAGAAAUAAAUUGUUGACUUUUAUCUA